AACACUAUUUCUUCUGCUUAGCAACCAAACAGUUUUAUUAGUUUACAAAACUAUGCUGACUCUGUUAUGUCCGCUUUCUGGGUGUUAACUCUAACAUGUGCUGCACCCUUAUAUGCAGGCUCUCAUGCUGUCUGUUGACGAAGCUCGCCAGCUUGAGCAGACCUCUCGCCAACAGAGCCAAAGUGCGACAUGGAAAGCUGCUCGCAAAAACCGCUUGACUGCUUCCAAUUUUGGUGUUGCUGUUACACGUGAGAAUUGGACAGAGAAAGGCCUGCAGAACCUCACCGCAGACCGAGAUAUGUCUAGAGUCAGGGCCAUCCAGUACGGAGUUUCAAGCGAAGCCAUGGCUGUUCAAAAAUAUGAAACAACCCUCCGAACCUUCCGGCACAAUAUUCAGACCUUCCACUGCGGCCUUAUUGUGGAUCCCACGUGCCCAUGGCUCGGUGCAUCGCCUGAUCGUGUUGUGUGGGACCCAGAGGAACCGAAUCCUCAUGGUAUUGUCGAAGUUAAGUGCCCAUAUUCAAUGAAAGACUUGAAAAUACCAAGCACUCAUGGCUCGUGCCUUGUGAAAGAUAGCCACGGCACGUACAGGCUAAACCGCACCCACCAUUACUAUUACCAGGUGCUUGGACAGAUGGCCCUUUCAGGGCUUACUUGGGCUGACUUUGUCAUGUAUGCUCCACAGUUUCUAGUUGUCGAAAGAAUUCGAUUCAUUGAAAGUAAAUGGCAGAAAUGCAAAAACAGGUUGGACAGCUUUUAUUUUUCCACACUUCUGCCGUACUUGGCAAAAACAUGCAGUACGAACAGUGGAUGUUGA